AGAUUACAAUCGAAUGGAACAGAGCAGAUUACUGGAGCGCGCAGUGCCAUCAUUUAACGUGAGAGAUCUGCUGUCCCACCUCCGCCUCUCUUCUAAUAGCUACCAUCACAGCUUUCUCUAACUCCGACUCUCCUUAUUUCCGUUUUUUUGUCUUACGGCGGGUUUAUACCGGGCUUAAAAACAACUGAUUGGUUUCCGUCAUUCGUAGAACUAUCUUUCGCCAUACCUGCGUCUGAACCGAUGUCUGGAGUUUAACGGCUUUUCUACUAGUUAUUUUCACCAACACCAAGGUGAUGUUGACCAUUUUGGAUGUAUGUUUUUUUCAGUUUCUGAUGUCUCAUUGAUUUAUCGUUCUUAUAGUUAGGAGUGAAAUUAAAUAUUCUCCUGGAACUGCUACAGAGCUGCGCACUGCUCAUUGAGAUGGACCCGAUAUAUUUCGCUCGGUGACCCCACGGUGCACUGGGUACUCAUGGGGAUGGUAGCUCGUGCGGUGCAUGCAACCAUGAAGCGGUUGCGUGUCAAUUUGCUUCUCCUUUUCCUCUGCUUGUUACAGACGGAAGUCAGCGGGAGGCAUCCCACAUGUCACUUCUUCUGGGAGAUGCAGAAGGCAGAACAGGAAUGUCAUGAUCAGCUGGAGACACAACUUCCAGAGCCUGAAGGCUGUGGUGGUCUAUGGGACAACUUCACAUGUUGGGCCCCAGCACCAUUUGGGGAAGUGGUGACUCUCCCCUGCCCUCCUGCUGUCACACAUCUCUUUGGACGACACGGUAAAUUUAGCAGGAACUGUACGACAGCCGGCUGGUCUGAUGUCUACCCUAACAUCAGUUCCAUCUGCUGGUCCGCCGAGCCCAAAGACGACCAGCUGGUGUUUUACACGGUGGUGAAGACUCUGUAUACACUGGGCCAUAGUGUGUCCCUCGUCGCCCUCGUCGCCUCCACCCUCAUCCUCUGUCUGUUCAGAAGGCUUCACUGCACCAGGAAUUACAUCCAUCUGAACCUGUUUGUGUCAUUCAUCUUGCGAGCGGUGGCCGUGCUGAUUAAGGACUCAGUCAUCUUCUCCUUUGACCAGACCACUGACUGCAGCUCACAGCCGUCACUGGUGGGCUGUAAGGUCAUUCUGGUGAUGUUUAAUUAUUUCAUCAUGGCUAACUUCUUCUGGCUGCUGGUGGAGGGUCUGUACCUACACACACUCCUCUUGGUAACCUAUGCCUACACCCACUUUGCCGUCUACCUCACCAUUGGCUGGGGGCUUCCCUUAGUGUUUUUGCUGGCGUGGGUCCUUUGUAGGAUAUAUCUGGAAGAUACUGGCUGCUGGGAGAGAAAUGACACCUUAAUCCCUAGGAGGGUGAUCAACUGGCCCAUAAUGGCGUCUGUGAUAGUCAACUUCAUUCUGUUCGUUAGUAUCAUCCGCAUCCUUGUCCAGAAACUACGCCGUUCCAACGUGGGUGGAAUCAACCAAUCACAGUACAGGCGUUUAGCCAAGUCGACUCUGUUGCUGAUCCCUCUGUUUGGAAUCAACUACAUGGUGUUUGUCUAUCUGGUGGAGACAGGGAGCGACAGGAUGAAUGAAUACAAGAUACUGUUCGACCUGGGCCUGGGGUCAUUCCAGGGUCUGGUGGUGGCGGUCCUCUACUGCUUCCUCAACACUGAGGUCCAGGCUGAGCUGAAGAGUAAGUGGAGGAGUGUGUCGUUGAAGCGCUACGUCGGACGGGACUGCCGCCUGCACAGCGUGUCAAUGAGCCCCAACAAGACUGACCCCCCUGCUGGUUUCCAGAGGAGCUCCAGAGCCCAGUCCAUCCUGCAGACGGAGACCACCUCCCUCUGAAACGGAUCGGCCUGUGACGCCGCACAGACGAGACAUACUGGACCUUAUUCUAUCCUGUGGAGUUCAUCCUCUGUGGCCCGGGUUUGUCCAGCGGUUUAAGCCCAUGCCUGUGGUGCCCACAUACUGCUGCACUAUGGAUCUGAAUACUGUUAUUUCAGCAAAGAUUAUUUAGUCAAUUGUAUCAAAUAAAACUUGAAUACCCCCCCCCCCCCACCCCACCCCCCAAAAGUAUGUAUUCUCUCCUUCCUCUCUCCUGUGUGGCCUGGAAACCAGGAUGUUUUGUCUGUGUGCCGUUGCGGUGUAGCCACCACGUCCUGGCUGAGGGAGCUGUGAUGAGAAGCCGAACGGCUUUGUGAGAGAAACGUUUCAUUAUUCGAUUCUCCAGCACCCGACGUGGACUUUAAACGAGGCCCAUAAUUGCGAAUUCUACAUCAUGAAAUUAGAAGGGGGAACAAUUGGGCAAAAUGAAAAAUAUGCCAGAUAUUGGAACUUGUUCGAAUGGAGGCCUGAGAGAACAGAGAGGGGACUCAAGUGAUUAUAUUGGUCGGAGAAAACCCCCCCCCGAGACCCAACGUUAAUGAAUAGCCGAGUGCCACAGAGAGACUGGAUAUGUCAUUAUCUCUGUCUGUUAGUGUGUGUGUGUCUGUUAGUGUGUGUGUGUGUCUGUUAGUUUGUGUGUGUGUGUCUAUUAGUGUGUG